CGCGCCCCCUGGCGGGCGGCGGGCGUUCCGCCGGACCCGCCGCGGCGGCAGCGGCAGCGCAGGAAGAUGAACAGAACUGAAUUUUAGUACCUAGCUCCUGAUGGGCUGGAUUUUGUCUUGGCAGGAGUUUUUGAAGAUUGAUGCAGUGAGAGAAGAAACAGCCAAUGGCUUCAGAAUCCAUGGUCCCUGAGCAGGCAAAACAACAUCUGAUGAAAGGAAAAAGGCGGCAGCAGCAGCAAGCUCGGUCUUCCAACAGUGAUGGAGAUGACGAUGUCUUCGUGUUUGAGGCAAAUGAGGCUUGGAGGGAUUUUCACAGCUCUCUUCUUCACUUCUUUGAAGCUGGAGAGCUCUGUGAUGUUACACUAAAGGUUGGUUCAAAGCUAAUCUCCUGCCACAAACUGGUGCUAGCUUGUGUUAUUCCAUACUUCCGAGCCAUGUUUCUUUCGGAAAUGGCUGAAGCCAAGCAGAAGCUGAUCGAGAUCAGGGACUUUGACGGCGAUGCCAUCGAGGACCUGGUGAAGUUCGCGUACUCCUCGCGGCUCACACUGACAGUGGAUAACGUCCAGCCGCUCCUGUAUGCUGCCUGCAUCCUGCAGGUGGAACUGGUGGCAAAGGCCUGCUGUGAAUACAUGAAGCUGCACUUCCACCCCUCCAACUGCCUGGCAGUCAGGGCGUUCGCCGAGAGCCACAACCGCAUCGACCUGAUGGACAUGGCUGAUCAGUUUGCUUGUGAACAUUUUACAGAAGUGAUGGAGUGCGAGGACUUUGUCAGUGUGUCACCACAGCACCUCCAUAAACUCCUGUCCUCCAGUGACCUGAAUAUUGAAAACGAAAAGCAAGUUUACAAUGCUGCUAUCAAGUGGCUGCUGGCCAAUCCACAGCAUCAUGCUACGUGGCUGGAUGAGAUCCUUGCACAGGUACGGCUGCCUCUCUUGCCCGUUUGUUUCCUUAUGGGUGUUGUGGCAAAGGAAGAGAUUGUCAAGCAGAAUCUAAAAUGUAGGGAUUUGCUGGAUGAAGCAAGAAACUACCACCUUCACCUGAGCAGCAGGGCAGUGCCUGACUUUGAGUACUCCAUUCGCACAACACCAAGGAAGCAGACUGCUGGUGUGCUGUUCUGUGUCGGUGGCAGAGGUGGAUCGGGUGACCCCUUCCGCAGCAUCGAGUGUUACUCUAUCAGUAAGAACAACUGGUUCUUUGGCCCUGAAAUGAACAGCAGGAGGAGGCACGUGGGUGUGAUCUCCGUGGGAGGUAAAGUCUACGCAGUAGGUGGACAUGAUGGAAAUGAACACUUAGGAAGCAUGGAAGUCUUUGAUCCUCUCACAAACAAGUGGAUGAUGAAGGCAUCAAUGAACACAAAGAGGAGAGGCAUUGCCCUGGCGUCCCUGGGUGGCCCCAUUUACGCCAUCGGGGGGCUGGAUGACAAUACGUGCUUCAGCGACGUGGAGCGCUACGACAUCGACUCGGAUCGCUGGAGCACGGUGGCCUCCAUGAACACUCCCCGGGGCGGCGUUGGCUCCGUAGCCCUGGUGAACCAUGUUUAUGCUGUGGGUGGCAAUGAUGGUGUAGCAUCUCUUUCCAGUGUGGAGAAAUACGAUCCCCACUUGGAUAAGUGGAUAGAAGUGAAAGAGAUGGGUCAGCGAAGGGCUGGGAACGGUGUCAGCGAGCUCCAUGGCUGCUUGUAUGUUGUGGGUGGCUUUGAUGACAACUCGCCCCUGAGUUCGGUGGAGCGGUUCGACCCACGCUGUAACAAAUGGGAAUAUGUGGCAGAGCUUACAACUCCGAGGGGUGGUGUUGGCAUAGCGACACUGAUGGGGAAAAUUUUUGCAGUCGGAGGUCAUAAUGGCAAUGUGUACCUGAACACAGUGGAAGCAUUUGAUCCCAUAGUGAACCGGUGGGAACUCGUGGGCUCAGUGUCGCACUGCAGGGCAGGGGCAGGCGUGGCUGUGUGCUCCUGUCUCAGCAGCCAGAUCCGGGACAUGGGCCAAGGGUCUAGCAACGUUGUGGACUGCAUGUGAGCUCUGCUGCCUCCUCCAAAUUCCAAAGGAAUGCUACUAGGGAGGCACUGUGCAGCUUUUAAACACUGUGUUUUGUAUGGUAGGUUAAGGAAUAAAUCAAAUACAUUUUCUUUGUGAAAAUGGUAUCUUCUGCAACUGUAAAGCUUUUGGUGGCUUUCUGUCAGUAGUGAUACACAAAAGCCUGUGAAAACAUGGAAUAAAAGCAUGACUCACAGGAACAAACCUGCCAAGAACUGCAAUCAUCCCAUUUCUGAGAAGCUAUAAUUUCAGAAUCAUUUGAGGCAGCUAUUGCAGGGACUCAGUAUUGAACUGUAAAUCAAUCAGGCAUGUGGUGAGGAGCGCCGCAGCAGCUCCUGCUGCUGAGCUUCCCCCAACAGCCCUGCUGCAUGUUCUCUGGAGAGCUCGAGUGCCAUUUCAUAUAACUUGUUUUCUGGAAUGGAGUCUUAAACGUUUCCCAGUUGUACAAGGCCUUUGGAACAGAAGGUGUCUCAAGUUUUAGAAGGUAACGACAUCCCUGAUGCACACGGAGAUAGCUGAGGCAGAGAAGUUCACUGCUCACCUCUCAAGGGAAUGCUGACAGCAGUGGAAAUUGCAGGGAUUCAGUUUGAAAACUGUCUUAAAAAAUACUUUCUCGAGCUAAUAAACUUGUUAGAAAGCUGGAAAGAUUCUUGAUCUGAGUUUAGCCACUGGAAUACUGAGAUUCUCUAGGCUUCAGUAAAAUCUGUAGUUACUACCCUCUUCUCCAAAGGAGUGUUUCUGUUGAGAGGUCCUUCCUGAAUUUGUCCUACUUUGAGAUGGUACUGUGUGAAAAUGUAGGCUUCAGUGGUGUUUGAGUCACCAUUUUUAUACAAAAUGGAAAUGCAUAAUAAAAUUUGUGGUAUUCUGUAAAACUUUUAAGUGCAACUCUAGAAGACAUGACUGAUUUCAGUAUCCAGUAGCAGCUCUGGUAACAUUCUCAAGGUUGGCUCUUUUAAGGGAGCAGAUAAAAGGGAGCAAAACCUUAAAUGAACCAAAUAGAGUCAGCAGAAAGAUAAUUGGUAAUAAACCAGUACUUCCAUCAAAAAUUGAGACAGCAAUGUGACAGCCCUGCAUCACCUUGAACAGACCAAGUGACAAUCCUUUGUGACCAAAGUUUCACAGUUACCAAGUUGUUCCAAAUGCCCAGGGAGAGCAGCAAAUUUCUCUGCAUUCAGGACCAGGAGAGGCAGGACAGCAGGAGCGAGGCACAGUUGUAUUUUUCUGCCAAGUUACCAUCAUUUAGCUUCCCUGCCCGAAAUGGCUUUGCACUUUGGUAGCACCCAGGGACAAAAUGAACGGUACUGUAAAUAAUGAAACACUGCAAUAAAACAUUUGUACUUCAAA